AUGAUGGCGUUCAGUAGCGGGUUAUACCUUUUUGUGCUGCUGCCUUGUGCUUAUUACUGUGAUGUUAUUGUCGCCGAAAAUACCUCUUUAUUUAAUUACCCUGUUGGUGAUCCACGAAACUGCCCUUUAACGAGAGGAGUUUUCCGUUUCGAGGUUCUUCCGGGAGGCGGAUGGGACAACCUAAGAAAUGUGCACAUGGGAGCUGUUUCUGUGACGAAUAACUACUCGGAGUGUAAAACCUCUGACGAUGGCAAGUAUUUGAUCCCUGAUGAUGUUUUUCUUUAUCCUGUAAAGAAAAGCAAAGUUGAAACGUUCGCCGAACUUUACGAUCACUGGAACAAUUAUUCUUCGACCACCACAAAAUCUAUCAACGCCGAAGCUUCGGGAAAGUUUAGGUUUGGUUCCAUUGGCGGUUCGUUUUCAGCUGAGUUCGAAUCAGUUAAGAAGCAUCAAGUGGAAGACAAAGCUGUAACAACUCGAGUUCAAAUGCGUCACGUCUUGUACACCGCCAAACUUCAACCAGAUAGCGCUCUUCAGCCCGUGUUUAAAUCCCGUCUCCUUGAAAUCGCGUCCCAUCUACAGCACAACAACACCGCCUAUGCUAAUUUUUUGGCGCAGAUACUGGUUCGCGACUUCGGAACUCACUUUAUCACUAGUGUCAAUGCUGGUGCGGUUCUUUCCAAGGUAGACCACUUGACGAAAAAAUUUGUUGCUGAUUUUACAGAGGAUAAGAGUAAAAUCACCGCAGCCGCAAGCGCGUCCUUUUUUGGAGCCUUUGGCGCCAAGGUUAGCUACAGUCAGACGAGCGAUAAACAGGAUUUAGAUCAGUACACGAAGAACACUGUUUACUCAACUGUGUAUACAUUUGGUGGGCCACCUUUCAGGGUUAACUUUACUAUAAAUCAAUGGGAAGAUCAAUUGCUAGACGAGCUUGUAGCAGUUGACCGGUCAGGUGACCCGUUGAAUUACGCUGUAACCCCCGGAAGUCUUCCUGAGAUGUCGGAGGAGUUAACUUUUAAAUUGGCUGACGUCGUUGAAAACGCUAUAAAGCAAUACUAUAAGCACAACACUAUCAAGGGAUGUACGAAAAUGGACUCGCCUGACUUCAGUUUUCAAGCUAAUCUCGAUGAUGGAUCUUGUGAAAGUCCGACAAACAAUUACACUUUCGGUGGCGUAUAUCAAACGUGCUCAUUCGCUGGGUCUCCGGCAGGUAAUCCGUGUGGGCCCCUCCUUCAAAAGAACCCACUUACUGCUGAUUAUAAAUGCAGAGAUGAGUAUGAGCCUGUAUUGGUUCAUCAGGGACGCACUCCUCAAAGCUGCCACAGAGACUGUCACAGCUGCUGGCUUUUCUUUAGCUGCUGCAAUACAAACUGUGGGUACGCCAGCUAUUCGACUUACUGGUGUGUAGCGAAGGGCAAGGUACCUGCCAACACAGGAUAUCUUUUUGGGGGGCUGUACAGCAAGGUGUUGAAGAAUCCAGUCACACAAGAUCACAGCUGCCCACUGAAGUUUUAUGCCCUGCGUUUUGGAGCUACAAUGCAAGUAUGCGUAAGUGAUGACUAUGAACUUGGCUUUCAGAGUUCGGUUCCGUUUGGUGGUUUCUUCAGCUGCAGUGCCGGUAAUCCUCUGGGCGUCAAAAAGUCUUCAGACAGUGUAAAACAAGGUAAUUAACAAGUCAUGUUAAAUGAUUGAGUUCCUUUAAGAAACUUUAUCCUUUAGUAUGUUCCUCGUUAAACACUGCCGCCAGCAGGAUAUGAUUUAUAGCUGCCAGAAGAAAAAAUCUGGCGGGCAAGAACUCAAUUUGACGCACAAACAUGUCACUCAUUAGAGACUUGCUUAACUUUAAAAAGGAUGCGAUCGCGAGCAGCCCUCAAGAAGCCAGCUGCCAAUAAAAAAAAGCCAGUAGCUACCCCGUAUCCUUCCCAUAACGCCACGCGUGCUGUCUAAGAACCAGCUGUAACGAUGAUAAGGGUUCCAUUGAGCUCCAAACGUCUGAGCGUUUUUCAUUUUCAGUAUUUAAUGGAAUUUUACUCCCAGGUAAAUCUAUUUUCGCAAAUGGUGCUGGUAAUUCUUCAGUUUCAGUUCUCAAAUGCUUAGAACAAUCAAGGUAACUUUCACAACGUUCAGUAAAUUCACGGUGUAUUAUCACGAUCUUUGACACAAGAUGUAUACUGUUUAUACAUUAUUGACCAAGAUUGUUAUAUCAAGAUUAGGCUUUUGUACAUUAUGCUAGCAUUUUUUCGAGCAUUUUAGUGAGGCAAAAGCAUUGAGCAUUAUUCGAGCAUUUUAGUGGCAUUUUCCCCGGGAAAUUAAUUUUUCUGAGAAAAUAUGAUAGAAAUUAACUUUUUUCAGGAGCCCAUGCCCCGUGAGCUCCUGCUUUUUUAAACAAAAUGAAGACUAGAAUUCAAAAUUCACAAAAAACCUAAUACAGCUGGUUUUUUUGGCUGUAUUUAUGAACUACUUGCAACACUUGCACGUUUUUGUAAGUGUAAACUUUGAAAUUAAUUUUAAAAAACCGUUUGUAUAAUGAGCAUUAUCCGAGCAUUUUAGAGACUUUUUUAGGGAGACCGAGCAUUUUAGUGGGAAAAAUGGAGCAUUAAGGUGGAGCAUUUUAGUAAAGAAGCAAAAGCAUAAUGUACAAAAGCCUAGUCAAGAUUGCUGAAUAUUGGCCAAGCAUAAGUUCCUUUUUGCGUAUUUAUGAACCGAGACGAACGGGUUGAUAAAAACGCAAAGAGAAACGAUGCCAACUUGUUUUGUUGCGGGACCGACACGGGAAAUCCCGAGCAGGCAAGAUGGGCCCUUCUUGCCUGCUCGGGUAGCCAAUCAGAACAAAGGAUUCUCUUUAUCUUACCCGCUUGCGGAUUCAGCCAUAUAAUAAUACAAUAUCAAUCCCUUGACUUUGACCCCGGUACAUAAGAAAAGCCGCCGCCGCCGCCGCCGCCGCCGCCGCCGCCGAAAAGACAGCUGUGACUAACUGGUCAUUUUUUUUUUCAACAGGUGGUUCAAAUUUGGAGAUGUUUGUAAGCCAAUCCGGUCCAUCUGGUUGGCCGAAAUCCUGUCCAACCGGUUAUUCUCAACAUCUGGGUGCCAUCGAACAAGAUUGCGAGAUAAACUUUUGCGUGAAGUCUAAUGUAUUCAACAGCCAGGGGUUACCCAUCAUCAAGAGACCCCCCUAUUCUGAUGCGCCGAAAGUUCUCAAUUACUCUGUGCCUAUGCUGUUGGUUAACGAAGACAAUGGUCAAAUUUGGUUUAAACCCUCAGGAAAUAAACCACAAUGGUUGCUUGCGACGAAAAGGUAAUGCUGAUACUAAAUUAAGUUUGUUAAUACAGCUGUAGGUGGGGAGAGAUAUGCACUUCGGUCUUUUUAAGGUAAAAAAGUGCUGUUUUCGAGAGGAAACCCUUGAGACAAAAAAACUAAAAUCGCUUCUCCCUAUAUUUAUUUUAUUGGACAUCUCUAUUUGAAACCUUUUAUUUCCUUUUAUUUUUCCCCAGCGGUUUUCGAUUGUUCCCGUUCCAAAAACAACUCAUGGUUUAUGGCGAUGUGCGCGCGAUUAUAUGUUAUAUGCGCGCGUAAAUCACUCAAUAUCGAGUGAAUUUGUUCCGUUUGUUUGGUAAGCUGCGGAUGAGUUACAAUGGAGAUUUUUUCCUAUUCGGUUGCAUUGAUGAUUAGAAACGAAUACCGUCUCGAAAUUUAGUUUUGUUUCUCAUUGCGAACGGGUCUCAGGUUAUGAAAAUCUGGUAAAAGAAUUCUAUAUAUAUGCCGAGGUGUUUACAGCUUACUUUUCAUCUCAUUAAAGCUCUUUUCGUUUUACUUAGCACCGUUGAAGCAUAUAGAAAACAGGUAAACCUGGAAGGUCCCGCCGUUAUAGGAAUAGCCACAGGCGACAAAGCUCCAGCUACAUAUGACAAACAGAAGUCUUCCCAGAGUUCCAGUCAUGGCAUGAAUGCUGGGACAGCGGCUGGUAUUACAUUUGGCGUCACGGCAUUGGCUGGAUUAUUGAUUGCUGUCAUGAUGAUUGGCUGGCGCCGUCAUAAGAGCGUGAAUAGACAAAGCAGUGACUUGAGGGAGCCACUGAACUCUCUCGGGAAUUAUGGUGCUGUCCAUGAUAAAGGGAGUCCCAGAGUUUGAUUCAGUACAAAAUCAGGAUACAUAGUGCCUUUCUCCUUCCUCCCGAAAAUUCUUAUCAUUAAACAAAGAAAUACAAUACAAGCUUGAAAAUAAGCGCGCGUUGGUCGAUAGGAAGAGGGAAAGGGCUUUUGUAAUGUUGUCCUCGCAUUUUCUUUUACAUACUCGCUUUUAAGCACAUGGCGGGAGAAAACAAGCCUCUACAGAAGCCCACCUACCUAUGCACAACGGUCUUCCGAGGAGACAUUUAAUUUAACUCGCUGAUUUUGUUACACGAUAUGUUGUGCUUUGAUUCGAAACU